AUUCACUGCGUGCAGGCAGAAUGCAUUAGCGCUGCGCGUCGUCAAUGGGAUUAAAUGUCAUUGAUGGAAUUCCUCGUUUAAUCGCUUGAGAACUACUCUCGUUUAGCCAAUUCAAUGAAAGCCACAAACUUUCCGUCGCACUUAACGCGCUUUUUAUUUUUGGAAACGGCGGAAAAGGGUCAGAUGUCUUCUAAAAAAAAGUUUUGAAUCUUCUUCAUCGUGCCAUGCAACUUGAGGGGCAAAAGUCAACCGUCAGACCUAAGCAGCUUUGGGCCGUUGGAUAUAUAGAACUGUGUCGCUGAUUUGUCCGUUCAGGUCGCUUACCUACACAACCUGUCUGUCUGCUGAAACAACCUCACCUCUAUUUAAGCACCCAGGCACGAGCUGGUCUAAACCGCCGGGGUCCAGGAAAACCGUUUAAACUAUGACAUAAUUAGUCCGGGUACUUCUACAUAUUUGAAGGAGACACGAACUGCAUUGCUUGAAUUUCAGAGUCAUUUUCUUGGGAAAUCGGAAAGCGCUUUCAGAAAACAUUUGUUCCCUCUACGACUCUCCGCGGGUCUGGUGCUGAUCUCCUGCAACAACAAAAAAACAUCAGUCCUGGAUGGGUCUCACUCGAGAAGAGGAAACUUAGCGAUUUUAGCACAGAGCAGACACCGGACCACGCGUGCUGCAGGACGACUGGGAAUAAUGCAUAGAUGAAACCCCGUUCCAGUAACGCCGUUCUCGCACGGAAAAGGCGUCGCAGAGGGAAUUUGUCAAUCUCCGGGCGACAAUGUCGGACAACUUCACCGAUUUCGAAUUCAACAGCACGACGCAGCCGGUGGCAGCUGCCGUGGCUCCAAACUACAACUUUCCAGCUCUUAUAUUCGGGAUAUUGCUAAUCAUUGUGAUUAUCGGUGGAAAUGUGCUUGUGUGUCUUAGUGUUUACAUGGAAAACGCUUUAAAAACUACAACAAACUAUUUCAUUGUGAGUUUGGCUGUUGCGGACCUACUCUUGGCAGUGCUGGUGCUGCCACUGUUCGUGUUCGCAGAGUUCCAGGGUGGUGUGUGGUCCCUGAACAUGAUGCUGUGUGACGGUCUGAUGUCCAUGGAUGUGAUGCUGUGCACAGCCUCCAUCUUCAACCUCUGUGCCAUCAGCGUCGACAGGUUCAUUGCUGUGUCAAUCCCUCUGAACUACAACAGGAAGCACGUUGACCAGCGUCAGAUCAUCCUGCUGUCAGGCACCUGGCUCAUAGCCCUGGCCGUGGCCUCUCCGGUCAUGUUGGGUAUCAACAACAUCCCACACCGGGACCCCACCGAGUGUAAACUGGAAGAUGACAACUACGUGGUUUACUCUUCUGUCUGCUCCUUCUUCAUCCCCUGUCCCAUCAUGCUCCUCCUCUACUUCGGCAUGUUCCAGGGCCUGAAGAGGUGGGAGGAGGCGCGCAAGGCCAAGCUGAGGAACAGCAUCCAGACAUGCAGGAAGCUUCAGCAUGCAGCCGCAGCCGCCGCCAUGCCGACCUCAGGGACCAUCCCCGGGCCGCUGCCCAUGCCCCUGCCCAGGAUCAUCGAGAGGGACCUGGCUCAGGCCCGGCUGGGGCUGGAGGAUACCGAUGACUAUCUGCAGCCGGACUGCCCCCCGUUCCCCUCGGCGUACAGGGAGAGGAUCAGCUCCGUGCCGUCUAUCUCCUACCAGCAGAAGCCGCCGCAGAAGAGGAAGCGAGCCAAGAUCAACGGCAGGGAGAGGAAGGCCAUGAGGGUGCUUCCUGUUGUGGUGGAGUCAGAGUCCUAUGAGUCCAGAAUCAAGUUUCAAGUGUUUGUGACUGAUUGA